ACGCUUAAAGUUGAGCACACGCAGGGACUCGUAACAAGAUGGAGAAAACUGGGAUCAUGUCUUAUCUACUGGCUGUAUGUGUGCUCGUGGCGAUGACACUGCAGCCUGCUGAUGCCGUUGCGGCUUACUUCUACCAGCUCAAGAACUGUCAAGGCGUUGCUGUUGCGUGCUUGAAUCUCAAGCCGAAUUUGUGUUGUGCACUUAAGGGCCACACAUGGAAAUCGGUGGAGUUCAAAAAUGCGAAGUCCUGCCAUGCAACGUUCGCAUUUGCAGAGAAGCUUUGUAAAGCUCCCGGGGGCACGGCCAAUGGCGACCAUUGCUUCACAAAUCGUCCGUUGUUCAGAACCGCAAAGUACAUAAACAACUGCCGUACCUCUGGCACGUAUCGUGAUGUGGAGGCGGAAACAGCCUGCACCACUGUUGAGCCAAACUCCAUUGUGUACACUGACAGUGCGAGCAAGGGCUCCUGGAUCCUGUACCACGACGAAGCAACACACGUCGUCAACGAGCUGGCGGAUUUGCCCGAGGGAGAGUUAGUUGCAUGGCUUCAAGCUCGAGGAGCUUCUUACGAAUCGGCAGACUCUAGUGAGAUCAUCAAGACAGUCGUUUCCAACUGAUGGGAAGUAGCUUGUGCAUUUGGAGUUGAGCUUUAGUGAGAUAUUUAUGGGAUCCGUAGUGAAUAAAUAUAUGUACACAUAUCUACAUACAUG